AUGUUGGAAACAAAUAAACCAUACAUGUUUGGUUCUUCGACAACAACAACAACGGCUACUACAGCACCUGUCAGUAGUCAAAGCAAUACGAAUAACCACUUGCCUGGUCUUCAACAACAUCAUCACAAUAACUUUUAUUAUACCGGUGGUGGGAAUAACAACAGACAAGAGGAAGAAAGCACGGAAGGAGAACAUUAUACCUCUUAUCAUCAUGGACAACCUGCCAGACUUAAUUCAGCCUUUGGCCGUCAUCUGGAAGCUAAUUAUACAUACAAGGAGAAUACGACUUCCUUUACUAGACCUAUAGUUUAUUCCUCGCCCAUUGUUAAAAGAGAGGAAGCCAGUCUAAUAAUGCCACCUACAAAACCACCAGUGCCUUUAGACGAACCUGCUGAAAGUAGCUGGUUUGAGAAUUCAACACUGGCUCAUUCAGAUGGUUUAUAUGCUGAUUCAAGCGAUGGCAAAAGAAUAAAGAGACGAAAGGAAAUGACUAGUAAAAUGGAAAAGUUGAACUCGGAUUUUUUGGAUAAGAAAGAAGGAUUGUACACAGAGAAUUUGGUUCUGAUAAAUACAGAAUUGAAGGAAGCACAUGGAGACACGCAUUAUCAAUACGUAGAGGGGUUAAGGAAUUUAGAAGGUUCACGACAGAAAAUGAUUGACGACGGUCGAUUAUUUAAAGAAUACCAGAAACAAGUGACAGAUAAACAAUUUCAACUAGAAAUAUACCAAGCUCAAGAAGAAUACACCGCUGAAACACAAGAAAUAAGAGAAAAGUUAUUUACAAUUUUGGAAGAGAAAAGACGUAAAUUAAAAGAGGACAAAGACAAUUGUGACUUAGCAUACGACGUAGUUUUGGAAUCCCAAUCUAGAUUACACAAACGUAAUCUACGUAAACGAGGUCCUGAGAAUGCAGACAACAAAGCAAGCAAGCGAAAGCAAAUGAAUGAUAUCCUUUUUUUUGUUUUUAUCUUUUAA